UGGAUUCAUAGGUGCAAAGAUGAUUCGGGCAAAGCUGUUACAUAAAUUUCUGUGGGAAUAUGUUAGUGGUUUGCCAAAUCUUCAUUGUGCCAAAGAAGGGCAGCAUGACAAGAACCUUAAUCAAUCAUGUCAGUUUUCAAUCACAGCAGCUAUAAAAGAAAUGCCUCUUGAACUCUUUCUACAAGUUGUGGGAUCAGCAAAGAUUGAUAGCAGCACUGUAACUAAGUGUUGUGGGAGAACACUUUUAGAGAUUCCUAUCGGCGUAUACAGUCAGCUCAUGGGCACUCAUGCCAAGGGCCGCCUCUCACGCUUAAUAACUAUUUUAAAUAGGCUGAAGUUGAUUGAACUUGUUAGCAACCAUGUAGAGGAUUCUGAUGUGCGAUCAGGGGAUAUCCCUACAUAUUCGCUGGAGAUCAGGCCUUACAUUGAAGAACCAGCACCAAGCAUUGUUCAGUCAUCACACGUCAGUGUGAACCAUGGUCCAAAAUUUCGGCAUGAUUUUGUGCUUUCAAAGCAGGAAUCUGUCGAUGCUUACUGGGAAACAUUAAAGUACUGUUAUCUAACAGCUGGUUCAGCUGAGCCAAGUGCCUUCCCUGGUAAUUGUGUUCCUGAGGUUUGUCAUGUACGGUCAUGGAGUUCAGUAAGAGUAAUGACUACCAAACAACGCCUGGAAUUACAAACGCGUCUCAUGAAUGAAAACGAGAAGGGGAUACUUCCUCACAAAGUUUGCUGUAUAAUUGCAAAGGAUUUGAAUCUCUCUGUGCAGCAGGUGCUUUAUGCUUCCUCCAAGAAUAGACAGCUUCAUGGACAGGCAAGCAUUUCUGAUACGCAACAUCAACAAAAAUCUAAUUCUAGAUCAACCUCCCAGAAAAGGAAAAGAUCGGCUAAUGAGAUUGCCAUGAAGUUUAUUAAGCAAAAAGUUGAAGCUAGUGGAUCAUCCUCACAGAGGUUAGUCAAGUCUAUUCUGGAUGGAGAAAUAACAGAGAAAAUCUCUCCAUCACUCAUUGGCCUACCAGAACAACGUCAUCGAGCUGGCAUUACUCCCACACACAACAUUGUUGAUACUUUCUUGCAUACAAAUAAAGACAAGAGGGGCAGCAGACGCUUGGUAAAGAAAAUUUUCUUUUGGACAUCCGAAUCUGACAGAAAAUUGCUCAUGGCAUACACUAGAUACCGCACAAGACGUGGAGCAAAAAUAUCCCGUGUAGCUUGGAACUCUAUUUCUGAUCUUCCAGCUCUACCAGCUGCAUGUCGUAAAAGGAUGUCAAGUUUAAGAGCUAAAACAAACAUAAGAACAGCUGUGAAUCAAAUCUGCAACAUUCUUGCAAUACGGUACAAGAGAUCAAAAGCAAAAGAAUUAUCAAAUUCUAGUUAUGAGAAUUCUGCAGAUUCAGAUUCUGAGGUAUUCAAUUGGGAUAAUUUCAAUGAUCCGGAAAUAAGAAAUGCACUUGAUGAAAUCCUUGAAUUCAUUCGUCUAGGAAACAUGGACCAGACCAAUCGGAUUAGUCCAGAGAAUGAAAGGAGGAAUCAUGAUGUCGCUGAGGAAAUUCCGACUGAGCAGGUUAUGCAAUGUCCAACCAGCACAAGCACUGUAGCUCCAGAGAACGUGGAAGUGUGUACAUGUUCCAAUUCAAUGCAUCCAAGUAAAAACAUGGCAAUUCCCUGCAGUGUUCAUGAAAACAACAUUAGACCCAACAAAGCUGAAAUUACUAAAAGAGGUGUAUGCAAAUCCUUGGCAAUUGCCAAUGCGUUAGAGCUCCUGAAGGUGUUUCUUCUCAGUUCAUUGUCGGCUUCAGAAGCACAAGCUGCAUUAAAAGCCACCUUUCAGCUUUAUUCAGAGAGUGAAAUUUUUACUGCCCUUUCCUUUCUGAGAGGGAAGAACUUCUUGGUUACUGGAAAUGGAAUGAAACCUGUAACCCUUUCUGGGAAAUUCUUCUUUGAUGCUUCUUAUUCACCCUUCCCAUAUGGUUCAGGGAAAAAGGCUUCUGAAUUUUUGAAAUGGCUUAUAGGGCAACGAAAGAAUAUUGUGGACAGUACAGUUUAUUUGCAUCCAGAUCCACAAUGCGGGGAAAUUGUUCACCUCUUUUCUCUUGUGUUGUCAGGAGAGUUACUCAUUUCACCUUCCUUACCAAGUGAAGGAGUUGGUGAGGCUGAUGAACCUAACAGCUUCAGUCCUUCAAUCGAGGAUACCAGUGAUUUGGAUGACUGUACUUACAAACGCAAGGGCACAGAGUUGGAAAGCAGUAGGACUAAGAGACACAAACCUUUUCCCCAUAUAGAUAGCCGCCGAGAGAAAGGUUUCCCUGGUAUCCAAGUGGCUUUGAAUCAAGAGAUGAUCCAAACAAACAAUCCCAUGCAGGUGUUACAUCAUAAAGAAUGCCUUAUGUUUACUUUAGCUAGGGAAAUGGGCAGCAAGGAUGUUGAUUCCCAGUUAGAAAGCAGUGACAUGUUGCCAGACUUAAACGAUCUGAAUUCAUGUCGCUGUUUAUUGUCUGCAUUUCAUUUGGAGAAUUCUUAUAGAGGAUGGCCUUGGGAUGCUAUGAAAUUAUAUGCCGAACAGUUACCAUCAUUAUGUUGUAAUAAAAAUGAACCGAUCGUUCUUUCAUCUGACCUGUUCAGAAAUGCAUUUUGUAUUAUUCGUCAAACUGGUGAACAAGGAGUUAAUCUGAGGGAAAUGUCACAGGCACUGCAUCCACUAGGCAUGCAAUCUAUCAGUUUGGUUGUUGAUAUGCUUGAGAGAUUUCAGCUGGCCAUUAAGGUCAAUGCAUAUGAUGGUGUGCAGAUUGUUGACUCAUUACAUAAGCCAAAGUAUCAUAUAACCACACUCGCCGAGUACAGCCAUUGCAGCUGUUUGCGAGCUCCGGGUUCUGAAAUGGCAUCAACCGGAGACACCAGAAAUAUACUGAAAGAGAAGCACUCGACGAUGCCUCUUAAUUUGCAUGGAACUGUAAGGAAGCUUGGCGAGGGGCACACUGUCACAGUUGUCGAUGUUGAAAGGAAAUGA